AUGCUCCCUGAGGUGAGCUCCUUGUGGCUGCUGCAACUGCUCCGGGACAUCCAGCUGGCCCAGUUUUAUCGACCCAUUCUUGAGGAGCUUAAUGUCACUCGACCAGAGCACUUCAACUUUGUAAGGCCUGAGGACCUGGAUGGCAUUGGCAUGGGCCGGCCUGCUCAGCGCAGACUGGCUGAAGCUCUAAAGAGGCACCGCUCUGGGCUCAAGUCCAAGAACUGGGUCUACAAGAUCCUUGGGGGUUUUGCCGCUGAGCAGGAGACCACCCCACCCUCAGACAGCCUUCCGUGCCUCCUUGAAGCGGAGGGGGGACACAAGUGUCUGAUCCCAGAGGGUGCUGUGCGCAGAGGGGAGCUGCUGGGCUCCGGCUGCUUUGGUGUGGUACAUCGAGGACUAUGGGUGCUGCCCAGUGGCCAGAGCCUUCCAGUGGCUGUCAAGUCUCUCCGGGUGGGUCCCAAAGGCCCCGUGGGCACCGAGCUGGGGGACUUCCUGCGAGAGGUGUCAGUCAUGAUGAACUUGGAGCACCCACACGUACUGCGUCUGCACGGACUUGUACUGGGCCAGCCCCUGCAGAUGGUGAUGGAGCUGGCGCCACUGGGCUCCCUGCACGCGCGCCUGACCGCCCCGGCCCCUACACCCCCACUGCCUGUGUCCCUGCUCUGCCUCUUCCUGCGGCAGCUGGCGGGGGCCAUGGCAUACAUGGGGGCCCGCGGGCUGGUGCACCGGGACCUUGCUACGCGCAACCUGCUGCUGGCCACACCGCGCACCAUUAAGGUGGCGGAUUUCGGGCUGGUGCGGCCGCUGACUGGCGCCCGGGGGCGCUACGUCAUGGGCGGGCCACGCCCCAUCCCCUAUGCCUGGUGUGCCCCAGAGAGCCUGCGCCAAGGAGCCUUCUCUUCUGCAUCAGACGUGUGGAUGUUUGGGGUGACGCUGUGGGAGAUGUUCUCUGGGGGUGAGGAGCCCUGGGCCGGCGUCCCACCCUACCUCAUCCUGCAGCGGCUGGAGAAGGACCAUGCCCGGCUGCCUAGGCCUCCGCUCUGCUCCAGGGCCCUCUACGCCCUCGCCCUGCGCUGCUGGGCGCCACACCCUGCCGACCGGCCUGGCUUUUCCCAUCUGGAGGGGCUGCUCCAAGAGGCCCAGCCUCCUGAGGGACGCUGUGUGAGGGAUGUUAAGGAGCCAGGUUCCCUGAGGAUGGAGGUCGGUGACCCCAUCACCGUCAUCGAGGGCAGCCCCUCUUCCCACAGCCCUGACUCCACCACCUGGAAGGGCCAGAACGGCCAAACGCUCAAAGUGGGCAGCUUCCCUGCCUCCGCAGUGACGCUGGCAGAUUGGCCAGCCACCCGCCCAGUCCACAGAGGCUCCCCUGCCCGGGGGGAGAGAAACCGGGGAAUCAACGAUGGGGACAGAACAAAGGUGAAGCUUCAAGAUCUGCCUCCAGCAUGGUACCAGAGAAGGAACAUGCCUCUGCCCAAGAUGAAAGGCAUCUCCAAGAGCCUUGAGUCGGUUCUGUCCCUGGGCCCUCGUCUCACAGGAGGUGGUUCAAGUCCCCCUGAACUUCGACAUGCCAGAGCUGUGCCCGAGGGACCCCCAUUUCUGCCACCCCGCGAACCCUUUGCCUCCAGCUCUCCCUCUCAGGUCAGCCAGCCCCCUAGGGAGCGGCCGCCCUGGCCCAAAAGAGAACCGCCCCCUAGUCACCCCAUGGGAGCACCUGGAGCCAGCAAAGCCACUGGGCCCUCUGGAGGCUUCCUUCCUGACCCCGAGUUGCAGAGGAGGGUUAUGGAGGUGGAGCUGAGCGUGCAUGGAGUCACCCACCAGGAGUGUCAGGCAGCACUAAGAGCCACUGGGGGAGAUGUGGUUUCCGCCAUUCGGAACCUCAAGGUAGAUCAGCUCUUCCACCUGAGCAGCCGCUCCAGGGCUGACUGCUGGCGCAUCCUGGAGCAUUACCAGUGGGACCUCUCAGCUGCCAGCCGCUAUGUCCUGGCGCGGCACUGAGCUCUGCUCCCUUAGGAAAGGACCCCAGUGUGGAAAGCCUGGGACCCCUGGCACCCAGCCAUGUGGGGUCAAGCAGAGCAAGGUCCUGGCAGAGGCAGAGUUUCCCACCCGGAGCUAUCUGCUGCAGGCAGGUACAGGAGCCCAGAGUCAGCACCAACCAGUGCCUCCUCUCUACCCUGCCCCGUGGCCUCUGAGGGCUCAGGCUUCCUUGGCUGGCCACAGCAGGAUCUAGUCGACUCUGCCCACAAUAUUGCCAAACAAGAGGACUUGAAGAACAGAGCUGCCACACAUCAUAUCCAGAGAAAGCUGCUACUUACUACAUAGAAUGGUCAAGUGGCCAUGGUGGAGCAUGGGAACAGCCAUCAUCUACCACUGGACUCUGCGGGAGCAGCCAUCUUGGAUGAU